CGGUGUCCCAGUUGCGUUCCCAUGUAGUUUCCAGCACGCUGCUCCGAGGGCUCCCUCCCUUCACAGCGGGGCUACCAGCGGGCGGAGCGCCGUGCGUGUGAGCUCCGUGUCGGAUGUCCGAUGAGUGGAGUGACGCGUGUUUACAUCCACACGGGCCAUCGUCAUCCGCACUGAGGAGGCGGCGGAGGAGGGAGAGAAACGUGUCCGCUCCCUGCGAUGCAUUGAUCGGAAUAAAAGCAGGAUCCGGGGCCGCGGACCAUGCACCGGGAGACAUUUCUCCUCCAGAGAGGAAGAGAGUGAGGCAGCAGAGUUUUUAGAACAUGUCCUGAAAUCAUCUUUAACUGAGACUGUGCCCUCGAAUCAAUCCAGUCAUCUGUGUAAAGCUCGGACAAAGGCAGAGCUGCGUCGCCAUGGAUGGACAUUAAAUCAUCAUUAGCGCCCCGCAGUGGUGUGGAGGUAUGAGGGCCUCUGGAUGAAGGCCAUGGAGCUGAAAGUGUGGGUGGACGGAGUGCAGCGCAUCGUGUGCGGGGUCACGGAGUUCACCACAUGCCAGGAAGUGGUCAUUGCCCUGGCUCAAGCCAUCGGUCGCACUGGCAGAUACACUUUGAUCGAGAAAUGGCGUGAUACGGAGCGCCACCUGGCUCCAAAUGAAAACCCUGUGGUGUCCCUCAACAAGUGGGGUCAGUAUGCCAGCGACGUGCAGCUCAUCCUCCAACGAACCGGCCCGUCUGUCAGCGAGCGGCCCGCCUCCGACGGGCAGGGUCGCGUCCCGGAGCGAGGCUUCUACCGGCAGAGCCUCCCGCCUCUGGCCAAGUUCCGGCCGUCGGGGUCGGACCACUCGAUAAAACGAAGGGAACCCAAACGCAAAUCUCUGACCUUCACUGGAGGGGCCAAGGGUCUGCGGGACAUAUUUGGGAGAAGCAGAGAUGCUGAAGCCAAACAGCCCCAGCAGCGCAGUGUGAGCCUGAGCCUGAGCAGAGUUGGAGGUGGUGGAGUAGCAUCUGUGCCUGGGAGUCCAGCCAGAGAGCUGAGCCGGCUGGUGCAGCUGCAGAGAGACAAACUCCAGGCCCUGGAGAGCCGUCUGCUGGGCUGCGAGGCCGAGCUGGGAGACUGGGAGGAGGCCGCCGGCGAGGCCAACGAAGGAGAAAAUCUGGAGGAGGAGCUGCUGCUUUUGGAGCAGCAGGUGAGGAGGAACGAUGCCGAGAUGGAGGAGGAGGAAUUCUGGGAGAACGAGCUGCAGAUCGAGCAGGAGAGCGAGCGGCAACUCCGGCAGCAGCUGGCUGAGCUGCAGGGCCGCGUACGUGACUGUGAGGCCCAGCUUUUAGAGUACAUAACGCGCAUACAGAGCAUGGAAUCAGGUCUGGAGCAGGAGCGGCUGCAGCAGGAGGCCGAGCUCAACCAGAAGGUCAACGAGGAGGAGGUGCGAGCUCAGCUGGAGAAAGUGAGGGCAGAGCUGGAGACGCAGAGCCAACAAACGGCGCGGCUGGAGAGCAGCUGCAGGGCGUUGGAACGCUCACUUGGCCAGUCAGGCAAGAGAAUACAGGAGAAAGAGCAGGAGCUGGAACAGCUGACUAAAGAGCUGCGACAGGUCAACCUGCAGCAGUUCAUUCAGCAGACUGGUACCAAGGUCACUGUGCUGCCUGCUCGACCUGCAGGAGAGGACAACACCACCGAGGUGGAGUCUGGCUCCCUGAACAGACGCGGCUCGUCUCGUCUCUUACCCAGCGACCUCCGCACUCUGCAAAACACCAUCUCCUCCAGCCUCAAUCCCGAGGGGAUCUACGUGUGACCCAGGGGACCAUCAUGCUUCAGCCUGGUGUUACUGGACUGUUUUCUAACUGGGAGUGACCACAUAAUCUGCUGAACUGCUCCUGAUUAACGCACUGCAACGAGCACAGCUCCAGGAGGAUCCUGUGGAGGAUCAGUGUGAUAUCGUGAAAGACAAGUCUGAUCUGUUUUGCAUCUUUUUUUGCACCACCUCUUCCUCCUCCAUCUUACACGGACACUCCAACUGAUGUCAAAACCCAUUUGCAAGCAAGCAUUUAAUGAGUGAAGACUCCUCUUAAAAAAACAAACAAGCCAGCAGACAUUUUCUUGUCAGGUACGGAGGCUCGAGGUGGAUAAACCUUUUAUUUUUUAAUGUCGUCAAUCAUGAACUGGAACUGCAGUUUCAGGAUGCAAAGUGUGGACACAUGUAAACAUGUAAGAAUAGACAAAAAAGAAGGUAUAUGCAUGAGCAUGCACAAACCGUGACGUCACACCUGUGCUAUAACUCAUAGCCAUAUCUGAUUGCCUUACUCUGGUGUUUUCAAACCAGACGUCAACAGGUCUAAUGUUAAAAAGAAACUCAAGGUAGCUACUGAACACUAUGCGCCAUAUUGAUUUAGUAUUCAGGUGAUCAGGUUGAUCCCUUGUCACGGAGACCGAUGUCAGUGUAACUCAACGAUGGCUUGAUCCUUUUUAUACCAUGACUUUACUUUUUGAAUUGAUUUAAACAAACAAUUUACAUCGUAUUUCAAGUUGCGGGAUGGCACAGUGAGCAAGUGGUUAACACAGUCGUCUCACAGGUCUCCGGUUUGAAUCCCAGCUAAGCCAGGGUCCUUCUGUGUGGAGUUUGUGUCUGUGUGGGUUUUCUUUGGCUUCCUCCCACAGCCCAAAGACAUGCAGGUUAAUGAAGACUCUGAAUGAGCUGUAGUGAGUGUGAGUGGUUGUUGUCUCUGUAUGUUGGCUCUGCGAUACCCUGGCAACUAGCGUGCACCCCAUCUCCUGCCCGAUGUCAGCUGGGACUGGCUCCAGCCGCCCUAUGACCAUCAAAGAAUAAGCUGUAUAGAUAAAGGAUGGAUGGAUGGAUAGAUUUUCUGUUGACUAAUAUUAACUCAUCUGAUAAAACUGGGCCACAAAGUAAAUUCAGCAGCUUCUUGACAUUUUUAGUGAAACUGUGGCUAUUUUUCUUCAGCCUGAAAAAUGUUGCCAACAAUGACUAAAUACUCUGUUCGACCACUGGGUGGUGACAAAACAUAUAUUAUUUAGCCAGCUGAAAGUUAACUGUGUGAAAGUUAGUCCUGCUCCCAGAUGAUGUUUUUUUCUUUUUUUUUCCUGUCUUUGUUCGUUUUCAUAUUGUUUUGUGACGAAGCCUCAGCACUUUAGCUCCCAGUGUAUUUACCUGAGGUGCAAUUUACGGUGUUGGCCAAGACAUGUUUCACUGUGUUCAUCGAGCAGGGACACACACACACACACACACAGUAUUCGUUUGUUCCAUCUGACUUUUAUCGUUUUAACCAACUAAAGAUGUCAUAUGAACCAAAGCUAAUGUAAAAAAAAAUCAUGAAUAGUUAGAUGAAUGUACUUUUUUAAAUAUGUACGCAGCUUAUUCAGAUUAAGUGUAUACUUAAAUAACUUGUGAAUAACAAAUUGUAAAUGUGUACAAAAAUAUAUUCAAUCAUAAAAAAAUAUAUAUAUAUAUAUAUAUCAAUAGUGACAUGCACACAAAUGCCCAAACUAGGGAUAACAUGUACACUAACCUAAAUGUGUGUGCAUGCGUGACUUCAGUGCCAUACACAGUGCGGGAACUUUUUCUGCUUCAAUAUGAUUUGUGCACAGGUGCAAUCUGUACUAAACCUGUUCGCAAACCUGAAUUUCUCAUCCAGGAUUUCAUUUCUGACGGAUUCUCCCUGAGCUUCACCCGAACACAUGCGAAGAAGCUGGAGUUUGUUCUGCUAACGCUUAAAUAACACAAGUGAAUUCCUGGCUCCGGUGUGGAGGUUGCCGCUCCGUUGUUUGCUCUGCAGUGCUGAGGUUCCCCCGGAGGAAGUCACGUCACGUAUCUCUUUGGAAUAACGGCAUGCCUUACUGGAAGAAAAACUGUAACUGAUUUCACAUCAGUCUAGUCUAUUUUUUCAAAGUAGAUUGAAGUCUAUAAUAUGCAGAGUGUUAAAGGGGUUAGGUUCUAAUGCUGCUGUUCAAUAGGCAGCUCUGUGUGCAUGCUUUGUGUGAUUGGUUUUAGUUGGACUCCUAUUAAUAGGCUAAUAAUGUUAUAAUUCAUUUGGUUUUGGUUUUGUCCCUUUUUGCCUUGUUGACAUUAGUUAAAGAACAGUGUAUAUGAGCAGGAAAGAAAACAUCAAUCAUGGAUGUACAUGACAUCUCUGUUGCUUUGAAACCUGACAAUACAUUUACCAGCAUCUUAUUUCCCCCUCAGACACUUUGCCAAUAAUUGUCUCCGGCCGUGUCGUCGGUGCUGCUUCUGGGUGAAAGUGCAUAUCCAAAUGAGAUGAUGGAGCCAUUAUGGAGACAGCCAUCAAGUGGUUCUGAAAGCUAUUUUAGAAAAAUGUCACGGCUCAGGGAUAUUUCAAGACACAGAAUUACUGGGACGAGGACGAGCGCAGAGUAAUUAGUGGAUAAAAGCUGUUUUAGCUGCGAGACACAACACAACGAGCGCUGGUUCGGAACUGAAGGAGAUGUAUCGUCUCUGCCGGCUCAUGAUUAAUGUCUCAGCUCUAGUUCCGGUUUGUAUUGACGUGAGAGAUGCACAAGAGUGAAUGAGAGGCACAAACUGGGGCAACUUCAAGCCACUGGGUUUGUAGCAUAAUGCUGAAACACUCAAGUGUUUACAUGCAUACAACGUCAUGAAGCCAACAUCACUAACAUGCAUUAACUCUACGCUCAAAAAAGACACAAUAUUGUUUCUUAUUUCAGCUUCUGUAUUUGUUUUUAGCUUUUACUACUUACCAUUUAUCCUUUUGGUUUUCAUUCAGCCACUGUGUAUGAAAGACAUUGAGAUCAAAUUGAAGAAUAAUGUAAAAUACAUGAAAUGAAUCAAAUAUAUUGACAGAAAUGACAAAUGAAUAAACUGCUAUACAGUGAUAAAUGCA